AUGAAAUUUAUCAUUGUAAUUACAAUCUUAAUUGUUGGUACUUAUUAACUUAUGCCAAUGCCAAAAUAAUAUAUUAAAGGAUCUAAGAGUAUGAAAAUUAUUAAUAAAUGUGGAAUACAAUUUACAAAUGCUUAACAAUAUCCAGAACAUGUAAUUGAAUUAUUGCGUCAUUAUCAUUAAUUAAUGACAUCAAAAAAUUAAUGUAAUUUUGAAAUGUCAUUGAAUUUCAAUCUUAAAAAUUAAGGUGCUUUGAAAUUUCAUAUUUCCCUUUAAAAUGAUGAAUAAUUAUAUUGGGUUAAUAAAACUUAAUAAGAAGCUUAUAUUUUGAAAAUUGAUGAAUAUUUAAACAUUUAAAUUGAUGCUCAUAAUCAUUGGGGUUUAGCUAGAGCAUUAGAUACAGUGCAUUAAUUAACUGAAAAUGAUAAAAUUGAAUUCGUAUCUCUCUCUCUAAUUAUAAUAGCUUCCACUUAUAAUAGAAGAUGAGCCAGCCUAUACUUAUAGAGGAGUGAUGGUUGAUACAGCUAGACACUUUUUGCCUCUUAAGACUCUCGAAAGAACUAUUGAUGCUUUGGCUAUCAAUAAAAUGAAUGUAAUGCAUUGGCAUAUCACUGAUGAUGAAAGUUUUCCUUUACUUUUAACAAAUUAUAGUCGUAUAACACAUACAUCUAAAUAUUCUGAAAAUGAAUAUUACACAAAAUCAGAUGUUUCCUAUUUGAUAGAAUAUGCAUCGAUUAGAGGAGUACAAAUUAUACCUGAAAUCGAUUCACCAGCCCAUGUAUAAUCUUGGGGAAGAAAUAUUAGUGAUUUAGAAAAUAUUAUUUUAAAUUGUGGAAGCUCUGUCAAAUAAUAUGGUCAAUUUGAUCCAACUUUAGAUUUAACAUAUGAAGUGGUUAAAUCUGUCUUAUAAGAUUUAUCAGAUAUGUUUAGCAAAGUGCAGUUUGUUCAUUUUGGUGGUGAUGAAGCUAUCAAGAGUUGUUAUAAUUAAAGACCUUCAAUUUAAGAAUUUAUGAAUAAAAAUGGUAUUGCAGAUUAUAUAGAAUUGUAAACUUAUUAUAGAUAAAGAUAAAAAAAUAUAUGGAAAAAUGAAAUUAAAUCUAAAAAGAGAAUUGCUUAUUGGUAUAAUAAAGAUGAUAAAUUACCAGCUGAAGAUGAUGAUAUAAUACAUUGGUGGGGUUCUACUGAAGAACUUGAAUUAGUAUCAAAUAGAACUAAUGAUUUUAUACUUAGUGAUUAUCAUCCUUUGUAUUUGGAUAUUGGUGUUGGAAAUGCUUUUGGAAAUCCUUAUUAAACUUAUUAAACAUGGAAAGAUAUUUACAAAUGGACUCCAAAAGCUCCUGAAGGAUUUAAAGGUAAAAUAAUAGGAGGGGAAGCACCUUUAUGGGGAGAAACAAAUAAUGAAAAUACACAUUUCUAAAGAUUAUUUAUAAGAUCAUCAAUCUUGGGAGAUACGUAUAUAUUAUAAAUUAAUAUAGUUUAUGGAAUCCUUUUUCAAAGUAAUCAGAAAAAUUUUAUGAAUUUGCUGAUAGACUUGGGUAAAUGGAAGAUCGAAUGAACAAAUAUGGAUUUCCAGUUUCACCUUUCACUCAUGAUUAUUGUAAAAGACAUACCAAAAUUUGUUUUCCUAUCUUAUAUACAGAAUAAGAGUAAAGUGUUGAACAAUAGCAUAAAUUUAAAGAAUUAUGAGUUU